UAAACUACACUUGGUAAACAUAGUAAUCUUGAGGUCACUGGGACAUUAUUACGUAAUUAAAACAUGCUGACAUUACUUCAUUAUUUUAAUGUUGAUGGACCAUAGCCGGACUAGACUCUUAAGUGGUUGAAAUUAAUUUAAAGAAGCGGAUGAUUCACAACCACCUACACGUUAAUUAGAAGUUUUUGAAUAGUUUUCAACGUUUUACCUUAACGUAGUUAUCUCACCAUUAACAAGUCAAGAACGAUGUUGUUGUUUGUGUUUAGUGUUUGUUUUUUUGGAAACGUAGCUGCGGAGGCGUCUUCCAAUUAUUUUUGCGCAGACAUGAAUCCCCAACACCACGUUAUGAUUGAUCAGCUGAUGGGUAUGUGGUUCGGUAUAGAAAAAAUAAAUCAUCUAGAUGAAGUUUUUCAUACUAAAACAGAGUUUUCCUGUCCAAUAAUACACAUAUCAGAAGACAGGGAUGCAACUUCAACAUUUAAUCCGUUAUAUUCAAAUUAUAACUAUGGAUAUAACUAUGGGAGAGCACACGGUUACGGCUCUGUAACGGAUAAACCUAUUUCUGCAAUCACCGAUAGAGCUACAGUAAAUGAAAUACGACGAAGAAUCUACGAAGACGCCGAAUACGACCGACAAACGACAUACGGAAACUAUCCGUAUAACAAAAAACAACAUUUAUAUGAUUUAAAACAAAUGACAGGCAAUGUCAAAUAUUUGAGAGUCAUCUGGGACGAAAAUGGGGAAAGCACUGAGUAUCGAGUUAGAUAUAAUGUUAGUAGAUCUGGUUUUUGGAUUACUUCUGGACCUGAAAACGGAGGAGCUUCAUUGGAUCCUCAAUACAGUCACUUUGGCGGAACUAUUCAAGUUGUGAAAGCAGUAGGAAACCACAUGGUUUUAACUUUUUGCCAUCAAUUACCUGAUAGACAACUUUAUUCCAUUUUGCUAUCUAGGGAAUUGAAAUUAGAAAAUGUAGAAAUUCAUGGGGUUCACAAUAUGCUCAACAGAAAAGGUUUACGUACUAAUUCAGUUAAAAAAACCUGCAAUAGCAGUAGCAAUAACAGAAUUAAUGUAUUAAUUUUCGUACCAUUAUUUAUAUUUUCGUUAUUUACACUCAGGUUUUAGUCGUUAAAAAUUAAAUUAGUAUUAGAAUGUAAGAAGGAUAAGAGCAGAACAGAUUUAAGAACUGUUCAGUAGUACAGAAAAUAAAAUUCCACUUGUAAUGUCAAGAAAACAAAAUUAAUCGAAUAGCAUAUAUGUAAUACUUCUAUAUGGACAGUGGAAGCUGUUCCGACUAAAGAAGACAUAAUGGCAACGAUUUCUCUAUCGUCCGAGGUUCCAGCUCGGUUCUGCGCAUUCUCAAGCAUGCGCAGUAUAGAUAAAGUGCUUCGAACGAGAGAGAAAAUGAAUAUUGUCAGCACUGUAACAUAGGGACUUUUUUCUCCCAUACCAACUGUCCAUAUAGGAGUAUUACAUAUAUAUCUAAUAGUGAUGAGGUGGAGACCUUGACAAACAAAGAAAAAAAGAAGAAGCAAUAGUUGACAAUUUGUAUCAAAUAGGAAGUGUAACCAUAAAACUAAAGCAUUUUAAAAAUGUUAUUAAAAAAGUCAUUUCCGGAAUUACGUCACAAUCAGCCAUCAUAUUGUCUUGGGAUUAAAAUAUUGCGUUAUAUACAUUCAAAUUAUAAUAAGUAGUGAUUUUUUUUAAUAUAUUCAUUUCAUUAAAAAAAGCGCUAGCAAUACUCGAAAUGACUUAUUCAAUGAAAAUUAACUAAGUAAAAAAUGCUCAACUGUAGCUAUAAAUUAUAGUUUGAAAACCCACUAGUAUGGCGCUCGUGCAGAUAUAUAGAUAAUAUCUUUGUUCGCGGGUCAAUUUAGAAUCGAUUCCGAAUCAGUUGGUAAGAUUACGAACCUAUUCACAAUGGUUGAUUUAACGUGAACUUAAUCAAUAAUUAACGGACUCGAUGUGACCGAACAUAGAACUGUUUUUAUUCAGUAGGGUACUAACCGCAAAUAACAAUUUUGAAAGUACCCAUGCAAUCGGCGCCUAAACCGAUUCGGAAUCUAAACCACGAACAAAGCUAUUAGCAUUGUUCAUUGGACAGUUUAGAAUCGAUUCCGGGUGAGUUGGUAACAAAUUUAGAAUCGGUUUAAUGCGCAUGCUUAAUUACGAAUCUACAGCGCGUGAUUGAUUUACCGCGAACGUAAUUAAUGAAUAAUGGAAUGUAUGUGACCACCCGCAGUAAACCAAAAGAAUGUCUUAUUAUUUUGAGAGCAGAGACAAUAAUAUUGUGUAAUACCUAUAGCGACAAUUAUGUUUCUAAUGUGUUUUUCAACACAAAAUUACCAAAUUAUAGGUUAGAAACUGUGUAAAUUGAAUCAAUUUAAGCCCCCGAAUUCAGAGGUUUAAUUUAAUGAUAGUUUGAAGACUUGGUUUAGCACACGGUGUAGUUCAAAAAACAGAGUUAAACUUCAAACCAUUGUUAACCUCACGGUGCAAGUAACCAUAAUUUAUUAAGUUCUAAAUGCACCAUUAUCGUGAAUAGAUCGAUUCUAGUGUCGAUUAGAAACAUUUUGGUUAAACGACUAAAAUUACGGUUUAAGUUAUACUUUAAUUAAGCUGACUGUCAUUGACCCUAAAUUAUUUUUGUCUAAAUUAAGGGAAUUUGGGUAAAAUAUUUCCUUUUAUUUAUGAUUUUUCAAUUACUGAAUGAUACAGAAGUUCUUUUACCGUAAUCGCAGGAAAUAAAAUUAUUAGUUCUUUAGAUUUCAUAUCUUAAGUUAUAUUUCUACUCAGUUUCAAGCGUAUUUGUUCUCAUAUUUAUUAUUCUUAUCUCUUCAUUUGGUGUAUAUAUAUAAAUUUUAAUUGUAAAUUUUCCUCAUUUUCUAUAAACGUAAAUUCUCAAAAAACCUUUGAUUUAAAUCCUUUAUUUAUCAAGGAAAGUGACUACAAAACCAUUUACCACUUUAUUCCACAAUAUUACAAAUAAAAACAGAGUUUUUUUUCUGUAAACCCUUUAAACUGUUAAGUAUUUGUUAUUAUAUAUUAAUUAUAUCAAUUAUCAUGAAUUAUCACUUAAUUUCUCUAUUUUUUAUUUGUAUAUAUCCUCAUACUUCACUGUAUUAUAUUUUUUUCCUUUUUUGUAACUGUUCCUCUAGGUCAAUAUAUUAUUAAAAAAGUUACAUUUUGCGAGCACAUCUUCAAUCAUUUGAUCUUCCUUUUUCAGACUUUUUUAUCAUUUUAUCGCUUUUUUUGGUACACGUGGCAUCAUUUUUCGACUAAAUUCAUUAUUAGGUACAGCUAAAACCAACAAAAUACACCAAAACUACAAGUUUUGAAUUUGCACUUCAUGAAUGAUGAACUGUUUUAUACUGUACUAGCAUACUGAACAUACUGUUUAAACCACCACUACACCAAUACUCACAAUAACACUGUCUGGCGAGCGUUUCGAAUUAGUUAUGAACAAUGUAAUUGUGAGUGGUGGUGUAAACAUUGUGUUCAGUAUGAAUUUCACCAACAGUUCCAAAAAUUCCAACUUCACUUUACUAGCAUAGCAGAUAUGAAGUACAACAAUGAAAGCCUUAGAUUUAAAUAAUUCUUCUUGACCCACAUCAAUUAAACUUAUAACUCACGAAAAACUCUGUAUAUUUUUCAAAAAUUCUUUAAUGGGUAUCUGAAUUACGAUAGAAAUAAAAAUGUUCUACGAUUAGUAUGAAAUAUCCGUGAGAAUAGAUCCACAGACAGUCGUUUGCUUCCAAAUAGUUGAGCAUGUUUACAGUAAAAACUUACUCUUUAAGCUUCAUAUGGAUAAAUCUAUUAUGUGCAAAAAAAUAAAUCAUUUUCCUCUAAAUUUGUUUCAGACCUAUCGUACUCAAAUGAUUUUUUACCCUUGUUAGGUUAAAAUAUGAAAACAGAAUAAAGACUUGCCUCCCCUCAGCUUAAUUGUGAUUUAUCUCGUUUAAACAGCUUUAAUUUUGAUAGUACUUUUCGAAUUUGAUUUGUGAAUAUCGUUUUAUCAUGAAAAAUAGUUAAUAUUAGUGUUGUAUAAAUAAUAUCAAACCAAACAGUUUGAGUACCGCAGCUUUUAUUCAAAAAAAGUAGUUUAUGCCUGGCUAUUAUUACCAUUUUUUUUGACACUAAAAUAUAUAAUCGACGAUUCCUGUUGUGAAUAAUUGAAAAAUAUUUUUCAUAUCAUGAAAAAAUUUGCAUGUAGGAAAGAUACCUCGCAAGGAAUAUAAUGUAAAUAAAGUUUUAAAUAUUGUUGAAUAAAUCAUUUUAAGUAAAAAC